UCUCAGAAUUUUUUAAGUGUUAUAUUAAUUUUAAAUAAUUGAAUUAUUUUAUUCAUUCAAUCAACAGUUUAUUUUAAGCACUCCUGAGUGCUAGGGUACCACUAAAUCACAAAAAGCAUUUGAUAAAUGUAACAUCUCAAAAUCCAGUAGGUGAGAUUAAAAAAAAAAAACUUUCAUUCAUAUUUUGCAUCUUCCUUGUAGAUUCAGAAUGGAGAAGAGGGAGAUAAACAGUGCUUUUGUGGGUAGAAUCCAGUUAUAAAUAUUUGGGCCCACUCAAUGUCAUCUAUACUUGCUAUCAUACUAGAAUCAUUCUUCUCAUCACUAGGCUCCUGACUUUGACCUCUUUCCAGAUGCAUUUAACUCUCUUUCCCCAGGUAUUCUAAGAAUUGCCUGACAGUUGCCCAGGUUCCCUGAAUAAAAUACAGUUAAAUCAGUGCAUAAGGAACUUUAUACAGUGAUCUCAGACUCCUGACCAAGAACACCUCUGCACCAUUGAUAGACAGUGGCUGUGCCCACCAGGAGGAUGGGCAAUCACACUGCAGUGAGCAUAUUCCUUCUGUGGGGAUUUUCCAGUUUUUCAGACCUGCAGCAUCUACUUUUUGUGGUGAUUUUCUUCUUCCAUGUGACUAUCAUAGCGGCAAAUGUGUCUGUAAUGGGGGCCAUCAAGCUCAGCCACAACCUUCACACUCUCAUGUACUUUUUCCUCUGUGGCCUGUCCUUUUCAGAAACCUGUACCACUAUGGUAGUCAUCCCUCGCAUGCUGGUGGACUUGCUAUCAGAGAGCAAGACCAUUUCUCUUCCUGAGUGUGCCACACAGAUGUUUUUCUUUUUGGGCUUCGCAUCGAAUAACUGUUUCAUCAUGGGUGCCAUGUCCUAUGACUGCUACACAGCCAUCUGCAACCCACUGCAGUACCACACCCUUAUCACAAGAAACAGCUGCUUGCAGAUGAUGAUGGCUUCUUGGAUGGUUGGGUUCCUGUUUUCUCUGUGCAUCAUCGUCACUGUAUUCAACUUGUCUUUUUGCGACUUGAACGCUAUCCAGCACUACUUCUGUGAUAUCUCACCUGUGGUCUCCCUUGCUUGUAAUUACACUUCCUAUUAUAAAAUGGCUAUUUUUGUGCUCUCUGCCUUUGUGUUGGUGGGCAGCUUUAUUUUAAUUAUGAUUUCCUAUGUCUUCAUUGUAUUCAUAGUCAUAAAGAUGCCCUCUGCCAAGGAGAGGUCUAAGGCCUUCUCAACUUGCUCCUCCCACCUCACUGUUGUGUGCAUACACUAUGGAUUUGCUUCCUUUGUCUAUUUGAGGCCCAAGAACGGCAACUCCUUCCAUGAAAACAUGCUGAUGGCCAUGGCAUACACAAUACUGACACCUCUGCUUAAUCCCAUUGUGUACAGUCUGAGGAACAAAGAAAUGCAGAUAGCCCUAAGAAAAGCACUAGGCAGUAUAAUUGGGUUUUUCCCUCAGAAGACAAAAAAAGGAGCCCUGAACAUUUAAAAAAAUUACCUAUCUCAAUAUGCAAUACUGUUUAAAAAAAUUACCUAUCAUUGAUAAAUAAAGGUGGGAAAAGUGGAGUACUUCCAAUUAAUAUCACUUUGUGCACAAGUGAUUAAAGUAUUGUCUAUUGCCUGUUACGUCCUGACCUCAUAACACCGUUUUCCUACUACAGAGAUGAUGCAGUUUUAAAAUAUUUUUAAAUGGUGUGCGUGUGUGUGUGUGUGUGUGAACACAUGCUUUUGGGGAAUGUAUUGCUUUGGGACACUGUAUUUUAAUGAUAGCAGUUGCUUUUGGGGAAAAAAGAAAAUAUGAUACUAAAGAGAGAAAGAGAGGAAGAAAGAAAGAGAGGAAGGAAGGAA